AUGUCAUUUUUUAUUCGGAAUAAACAAAGUAGUGGAGGAACUAAAAGAAAGGUUUAAAAAAUACAUUUUUUAUACUUGAUUCUUAAUAUAUUGAUAAUAUAUAAUUCACUACGAAAAAUCACAAAUAAUUUAAUUAUGUUAUAGUUCAAUAGUCAUGUUAAUGCAAAGAGAAAGAAGAAAAAUGUGCAUAAAUCUGUACCUGAUGAUAACGAAAGUAUUGCCAGCACAGAUGAAGAACUGGCAGAAGAGAAUCAGAGAAAAAGAUAGAGCAGAAUUUGAAGAAGGGGCAGUAACAAGAAGAUUACAUGAUGAAUAUUUAGAAGAAAAAGGAAGAUUAAGGAAAACUAUAGCUUCAAAUUAUGUCAAUUAUAAUGAACCAAUUUUUCUGAAAUGUAAAGAACAUAAAAGUUCAAUUACAUGUUUAUGUCUCUCUAGUAAUGGAAAAUUCUUAUAUUCUGGUUCAAAGGAUGGGUCUUUAAAGGAUAGAAUAAAAUUAGAAACCAUUAAAGGAAAAAAGAAGUCACAGGAUGGGAUGAAAUGUGUACAAUGUUUGACAGUUAGUACUGAUAAUAAAUUUUUGGUAGCAGGAGAUAGUGGUUCAAAAUGUAUUCUAGUAUUUUGUGGAAAUACCUUAAAACAUAUAAAAAACUUACAGGGUCAUAAAGAUAGUGUUACUAGUUUAGUUUUUCGUAAAGAUACACAUACUUUAUAUUCUGGUUCUGAAGACAGAAGUGUUAAAGUAUGGAAUUUAGACGAUAUGGCAUAUGUUGAAUCUUUAUUUGGACAUCAAAAUGGUAUUACGUCGAUUGACGCGCUUGCGCGAGAACGCGCUGUCACUAGCGGCGGUUUCGAUGGAACGAUACGAAUUUGGAAAAUCGUAGAGGAAUCGCAACUUAUAUUCAAUGGGCAUGGUGGUACCAUUGAUUACGUGAAACUUAUAAACGAAGAACAUUUUCUUAGUUGUGGAGACGAUGGACAAUUAUGCGUUUGGGGUUGUUUAAAGAAAAAGCCUCUGUGUUCAGUAUCGAAUGCACAUGGAAGAGAUGAAAGUAAUAAUCAACCAAUGUGGAUUUCGAGUAUAGCUACUUUACUCAAUACAGAUCUAGUCGCAUCAGGAUCAGGGAAUGGCAUUAUCAAAUUGUGGCAAUGUGGCAACUCCUUCAGAUCAUUAAAUCCAUUAUUUUCGAUUCAACUAACUGGGUUUGUAAAUGCGUUGUGUUUUACUCCGGAUGGCACUCAACUUAUUGCUGGAAUUGGUCAAGAACACAGGCUUGGGAGAUGGUGGCGCGUACCAGAAGCAAAAAAUGCUGUUGUUAUAAUACCAUUAAUUCAAACAAAAACUAAAUAG